AUGCUAUGUUCCAACUUCUCUCUUACUGCAGCUCAAGUGAUUACAUACAUGACACAGGCCCAAGGCAGAAAUCAAACAAAAGUGACAGAAUUUAUCCUCUUAGGACUCUUGGACAAUCCAGAUUUGCAAGGUAUCCUCUUUGCAUUGUUUUUAUCAGUCUACAUGGCAACCAUGCUGGGUAAUUUGGGGAUGAUCAUAUUGAUUAAGAUGGAUCCCUGUCUCCACACCCCAAUGUACUUCUUUCUCAGCAGCCUCUCCUUUGUUGAUGCCUCUUACUCUUCUUCUGUCACUCCUAAGAUGUUGGUGAAUCUCAUGGAUGACAAUAAGGCCAUUUCUUUCAGUGGAUGUGCUGCCCAGUUCUACUUCUUUGGCUCCUUCCUGGAGACUGAAUGCUUCUUGUUGUCCAUGAUGGCAUAUGACCGCUAUGCAGCCAUUUGGAACCCCCUGCUCUACCCAGUUCUCAUGUCUGGGAGAAUUUGCUUCUUGCUAGUACCUACCUCAUUCCUAGCAGGCUUUGGGAAUGCAGCCAUACACACAGGGAUGACUUUCAGGUUAUCCUUUUGCAGCUCUAAUAGGAUCAAUCAUUUCUACUGUGACACACCACACCUGCUCAAACUCUCUUGCUCUGAUUCUCACAUCAAUGUCAUUGUGAUCAUGGCUUCCUCCAGUUUUAAUGUCAUCAGCUGUGUUAUGAUUAUUUUCCUUUCCUACCUGUGUAUCCUCAUUGCCAUCUUGACGAUGCCUUCAUUAGAGGGCUGGCACAAAGCCUUCUCCACCUGUGCCUCCCACCUCACAGCUGUCACCAUAUUCUUUGGGACAAUUCUCUUCAUGUACUUGCGCCCUUCAUCUAGCUACUCAAUGGAGCAGGACAAGAUUGUCUCUGUCAUUUAUACAAUUGUGAUUCCCAUGCUAAAUCCCCUCAUCUACAGUUUGAAGAACAAGGAUGUGAAAGAGGCCCUAAAGAAGAUCUUACAGAAGAACAUACUGUAA